GUUGAUCUUCACUUUUAAUGCUGUGAGCUGCCGAGCAACACUGUCUGUCAACGGAGUUUCGGGCUGAUUACCUUGCCGUUUUUGGGACGGGACCCCCAAGUGAGAGAAAGUAGCCUUGCCCAUCGCGGCUUUAGGCUCUGGGAUUAAAGUGAUCGCCAGUCCCACAGCUUUCGUCGAAACUGCGAGUUGGGGAUUCAUGCUGUGUUGGUUAGCUAAAUGCGGUACGAAGCUAAAAUGAUGCCGAUGUUCCUGACAGUAUACCUCAGUAACAAUGACCAGCAUUUUACUGAGGUGCCCGUUACCCCGGAGACACUGUGCCGGGACGUGGUGGAGUUGUGCAAGGAGCCGGGGGAGGCCGACUGCCACCUCGCUGAGAUGUGGCGUGGAUCUGAGCGAGCUGUAGGUGACGGAGAGAGGAUGCUGGAUGUGCUCCAACGUUGGGGACAACACAGGGCAGAGGUGCGCUUCUUUCUGCGUCACAAUCGAGCCCCUAGCAGGGAAUCUGGCGGCUCAAGAGGCUCAGAGCAGAAGAGGAAUGGAGUGAAGGCCCCCCCAGACAGACGCAUGGAGAACGGGGUGGUGACACCGCGGAUGGACAUGACACUAUCGGAGCUACAAGAGAUGGCUUCCAGGCAGCAGCAACAAAUAGAUUCUCAACAACAGCUCCUUGCUUCCAAGGAGCAGCGGCUGCGCUACUUAAAGCAGCAGGAGCAGCGUCAGCAGCAGCAGGCGUCUGAGCAGGAGAAGCUGCAGCGCCUUCGAGAGAACAUCGAGAACCAGGAGACUCGGCUCAAGAAGGUCCGGGCCCUCAAGGGCCAGGUGGAGCAGAAGCGCCUCAGCAAUGGAAAACUGGUGGAGGAGAUCGACCAGAUGAACAACCUGUUUCAGCAGAAGCAGAGAGAACUAGUGAUGGCUGCUACCAAGGUGGAGGAUCUCAGCCUACAGCUCGAGUUGCUUAAAAAUGGAAAAAUGGACAACUUCAAUGACAACCAGAGCUCUGUGGCUGAACUCGACCGUCUGUACAAGGAGCUACAGCUGAGGAACAAGCUGAACCAGGAUCAGAACUCCAAGUUGCAGCAGCAGCGAGACGGCCUGAACAAGCGCAACAUGGAGGUGGCUGCCAUGGACAAACGCAUCAUUGAGCUCCGAGAUCGGCUGUGGAAGAAGAAGGCAGCGCUGCAGCAGAAAGAGAACUUGCCUCCUCAGAUACCCUGGCAUUCAGAGCCCACCCAUUCCAACAAUGGCUACCCUGGUAAAGAGAGGGCUUCAAAAGACACUCAUCUUCAGGUGCCCACAGAUGGCCCAGCCGGACAGCAGUCAGGUCCGUCUCGUGUGGCGGCGGUCGGCCCGUACAUCCAGUCGUCCACCAUGCCCCGCGGCCCAGUGAGGCACGAGCUGCUCGUAAAACCAGCCUACCCAGACGGCACGGCAACCCUCCCUGCCCACGACCCGCAGAGCAAGGCCGGCCCAGGCCUUCAGCCAUCCAAGCUGGCAGACUGGGGCUCUUCAGGUCCAGAAUCCAACACCAACGGUCAUGGUUCAUCUUCAACAUUGCCCCGAAUGACCUCCCACUCCAACACAGAACAAGAUGAGACUGAAACGAGGAGGGACAAGAAGGUGCGUCCACUCUCCAUGUUUGAGUCAACGGACGUUCCCGCCACCUCCCUCCGCAAAAACCAGAGCAGUGACGACCUGGUCAGGGACGCAAAGUCGGCCCCCAAAGGUCCAGUCAAGGUGCCUCCUCCUGUUCCCACCAAACCAAAAGGCCCUGGUGUCGUUCCCUAUGGGAAACCAGGUCUCAACACAGGAACCUUCCCCAAAGCCAAGCCCCACAGCCAGCAGCCCCAGCCCCCCCAGGGCCGCAGCCCUCUCCCAUCCUCACAGAGCCAGACACUCCCCCUCCCCUCCAAGCAGGACGCUCCACCUGCAGCCACCGUGCGGCCCUUCACCCCGGAGCUGCCCUCCUCCAAGCCUCAGACUUUAGCGGCCAGCUCCAUUUACUCCAUGUACACGCAGCAGGCCGGCUCAGCCAAGCCCUUCCACCCGCCGAGUGGAGUGCAGAACGCUCUCAACAGGAAUCAGAGCCGCUCCAAUGGAUUUGUCAGUGUGUACGGUGGAAACCAGGCUGAUCCCCAGUGGAGGGCCUGCCUACGCAGACCUGGCGUUGUAGAGGCUUUUCCUCAGGGCUCCAUGCGCCAGUCGUGGUGCUGGUUCCUGUCAGGUUCGAAAAUGAAGGAGCAGCUUGGUUUGGGGCUGAGGGGCCGAGGGGGUGCGGCUCCGUUUUCGGAGUUGUUGGGGGACCUUCAGAUGGACUGGGACCCACCAUACCCCAGUGGAGCGGAGCAGGACAGCUUGGGAGAGGACACCUUCAACAUGAAAGCCCCCGAGGUCACCGGCCAGGUCAUUCUGCCACCGGGAAAGAGGACCAACUUGCGCAAGCUUUGCUCUGAACGCAUCGAUCACAGCAUGAGAGUGAAGUUCAACCCUCUGGCUCUGCUGCUGGACUCUUCUCUGGAAGGAGAGUUCGACCUGGUCCAGAGGAUCAUCUAUGAAGUGGAGGAUCCCAGUCUGCCUAACGAUGAAGGCAUCACUGCUCUACACAAUGCUGUCUGUGCUGGACAUACAGAGAUUGUCAAGUUUCUGGUUCAGUUUGGUGUCAAUGUCAAUGCUGCUGACAGUGACGGCUGGACCCCUCUUCACUGUGCUGCAUCCUGCAACAAUGUGCAAGUGUGCAAGUUCCUGGUGGAGUCCGGUGCAGCCGUGUUCGCUAUGACUUACAGUGACAUGCAAACAGCAGCUGAUAAAUGUGAAGAGAUGGAGGAGGGCUACACCCAGUGCUCUCAGUUCCUCUAUGGUGUGCAAGAGAAGAUGGGCAUCAUGAACAGGGGAGUGAUCUACGGUCUGUGGGAAUACAAUGGUGAAAACCCUGAUGAACUGGUGUUCCGCGAGGGAGACUGCAUGACCAUCGUCCGCAGAGAAGACGAGGAUGAGAUCGAAUGGUGGUGGGCCCGCAUGGGAGACACCGAGGGUUACAUUCCCCGCAACCUCCUCGGGCUCUACCCCAGAAUUAAGCCAAGACAAAGAACGCUGGCUUAAAACAUAAAAAACCCUGCACAUUGCAGUCUGCCAGAGCUGUACACACAAUCAAAUACACACACACACACACACACACACACACACACACACACACACACACACACACACACACAC